GGAAUAUAACGCUUAUACAAAACAAGGAAGUGAAUGAAUACUUGAACAAUACUGUUUUGGCAUAUGCUUGGUUGUUUCAGGUCAACUCUUAACCAACCAACCUAAGCUGUUACAAAUCUAGCUUCACCUUCAACUCAACAGGACUCCCAGAAGUGAACCUGAGCACCGAAUUGGUGUACCGGAAACUGCAGUACCCAGUGUGAUUUUUUCUCAGUCGCUAAGCUGGGGCACGCUAUCAGAAAAUCAGAAGCUGUCUCACGUAGCACCGAUUUUCAAUGGGGGUUUACCGAGCGAACCUUAUAGCCACCAUCCAAUAGCACUUCUCAUGAUACCCUCAAAAAUCAUAAAGGCCCUGAUAUGCGACGGUUUACGUGACUACUUACUAUUCAUCUAACUUCUUUUCACCCCAACAUCAUAGUUUUAGGAGAAGCAACCUGCUGAUGGCGUUGGACAAAUUGACAACCAUCCCUAAUAGGGUCAGUAAGAUCAAGUGAACAGACACGAAGCCGCCAUUAUUUGAUCGGCUUACUUCGUUUCUAAAUAACUGAACUUUUGAGGUCAGGGUAAACUUCACUUUUUAUAAGGCUAUAGCGUGUCCUAGUAGGGGAAACCUGACAUAUUCUUGAGGAUUAAGUACAGUAUCUGACUGUAAUUUACUAAUUCUUUUUUCCCAUCUAAUACAACUAGGUUGUUACUUGUAAACAUCAGUGAUCUAUUACUACUAGAUGCGGAAGUCCGUUAAGCGAAAGCUUCUUAUAUUCCGUCAAGAACUAUUUGAACUUGUAGAUUGCUAACGUAGAUGAUCCGUGUUGUGUAACUGGGGGCUUACUUGAGUUAGACGGGAAGUGUGUGACUAACAAGACAACGUUCAAGUCACACACGUGGACUACCCUUUCUUUGUAUCCAGGUACUGUGGCUCUUUUGAUGAAUGUACAAUGCAAAUGACGUUGUUACAAAAACAUACUAGUAAGAGUAGGUACAAGGAACAGAGUGCGGCAAAUGCUGCAUGAGCCGGUCCAUGGCGUGCAAUCAACUGAUGUAUUUUGGUUGUCCUUGACCCUGACGAAGAUCAGUUAGCUGCUCGACAUUCAGGGACCCGACUGCCGAAUGAUCUGGCGAGAGUUCAGUGACAUUUCACUGGCCCAACAAACUAUUUUGAGCGUACCAUUACGUUAGCUAUUGAAGCCUGCCCGUAUUAUUAAAAUCAAAAUUUUUUAGGUAUAUGUUUACCUAAAAAAUGAUAUAUUCCAUAACUUUUUUUGUAUUUAUUUGAUCUGUCGCAUUUUGGUAAACGGAGUAUCUGAAGUGUGAAACAGACCAAUGCAACGUAAGGCGCUAAAAUACAGUUAUAUAUUUUUGUCAGUGAAUGUUGAUUUCUGUUCAACAGAUGAUGAAAAAGUUCAGUGAAAAUUCAGUUGGAAACGAAGGAUGGCAUAUCCAGGUUUCUGGUCAUUUCUGUUUUCUUUGUUAGACAGUAAGAAUAUUCAAACAUUGUUUGAAGAUUUCGUCAUGAUUUAGCAGUGUCGAUUCAAAAUACUAGAUUUACUGUACAACAUGAUCCUUUCACUACUACAAUUUCUUCGGAAAUCACUAAUAUUAGUCAAAAACCGCGUAACAGAUAUGAGAUUCUCCUCUUAACUGAAUGUGUCGCCAUACAGUCCAUUAUAAAUAUCACGGUGGAAGAUGAGGAAAAUAACAUAAGUUCAACUAUGUAUCUCAAUAGAACCUUGCAAAAUAAGAUCAUUGUGAAUGGCACAUGUGAACAAAAAAGACAGGAUUUGACAGUUUCAUGGUCGCCAAAUGUCGAUUUCUUAGACUGGAAACUUAUAUUUGUGUUUGGAGAGGAUUCUGAAAGAUAUGAUCUGGAAAGCAUAGGUAUUACUUAUACAGUUGAUAAAGGCAAUGAAAUUGAUGCUAAUACAGAUAGAGGUUUGUUCACGAUUCCUGUCGGUGGAUACUAUGAAUGUGCCAAUCAUUUACAUAGAGAACUAUUCGUGGACGAUAAUGAUAAUAUAAAAAUCAAUAUUUAUUUUUUAAACUCAUCAAUGGAAGCAUUCAGACUUGAAAAUCGUUCAGAAUUUAUGGGUCUUGGUGAGUGUACAAAUAUAAAGCUGUUGUAGUAGACCAUUUAACUAUGAGGUAAAAUCUUCCGAAGCUAUUUUUCUACAAUUAUAUUGGCCGCAUGUUUAUUAAGUAUUUUGGUUGUAUCAUUUUCGUAUUACCCUUGUUCCAAGCUUUUAUUUCAACAAUAGAAUGGUGCUAUAGUCUUCAAAACGUUGCUUAGGAUCGAUUAUCUGUGUACACGGUACUCCAUUUUUCCCAUCAUUAAGGUUGUUGUUCCGUGAUCUGGUUUUGUAUGCAUAUAAAUGAAUGUCUGAAAUAUUAUGGCGAUCUUGUACUGGUGAUCACCGCUUCUGUGUUCUUCCUCUUCGUUCGCGGCCAGUUAGUAUUGAACCAAUCGUCAAGCAUAGAGUAUCAGUUUCCCUCGUCCUUGCUGCGUAUUGGUAGCUUAAGAUCGUCUACGCUUAUUGGUCCGUUGUAAGACUUAACAAAAGCAUCUGAAAAUGUACCACUAAAUGACUUUUCUUUUAAAAACUAGGUUUUUUCCUUAAGCAAAUAAAUAUUUUUCUUACCAAAGUUUUUUUUUUUAUAAAUAACAUGUGUUCGUUUCACAGACACUAACAUCUAAUUAAAGUCAUAUUAAACGUGCCAGAGUUGUUCUUUAAUGUUGGGAUAGUAGCAUAGUUGUCGUAAAUCUUACUGGGAAUUCUGUGGUUACACAGGUGUACAACUAGAUAAUAAGUUCAAUAUUUUAAUAUAAUGACAUUCAUUUGUUUAAUAAAAACAUUUUUAUCAUGACGUAGAAUAUACAAACCUCGGAAACUUAGUUUCCCAUAAAUUGGUGCAUAAGAAAUGUAUUAUUAUUUUAUCGCUAUAAAUGUUACCUAAUAUUUAUAAAAAGUUCGGUUUUCUUCACUAUUCAUUUAGUUUAUCAAAGAGAACAGAAAGUUCUCGUCGAAAUCAUGAAGAAAUAAACUAAAUGAAAACGGUUCUCGGAAAUGCAAAGUGAAGCAAAAAAAUAACAGAAAGUCUAGACUGAUUUUAAUUCUGAUCAUUAAUGUAUCAAACUGAUUUUCACAUUCCUCCAAGUUCUAUAUCACAUACAUAUGCGGUCUUAUUAAGUAUGUUUCCACUAGUCCCAACCCCGACUGUUGUUGCUACCUUGACGUGGUGGUCGGGCUUGCCUAUCGUGAUGAAGCAACCGAGCUAUACUAGCUGGAACAACCGUUCCUCAAGGUCCUACCAUGUCAGACAGGUCGGUUGAAGAGUGGUAAGACUAAAAGCAACAAACUCAAGGGCCGAAGGCGAAGUUGUACUGCUGACUGUAUAGAGGUGUGACAGCAGUAAGGUGUUUCUUUCAGACAACCAGCAUGACAGCGAUGCUGCCUGGUCCUACGUUGUAGCUGACUGACUAGUUCCAACUAGAUCUGUUAUGAAGUCGGACUGUAUUGUUAGUCGUACUAAUUUUCCAUUUAAUAUAGAUCACUAUUUAGAAAUUCGAUAAUUUAACAAUCUGAUUUUCUUAGGUACGAACUGGAAAAAAUCCCGAAUAAAAUGCUCGGUAUGUUUUAUGACAUUAUCUAUUAUUGAACCAUCAUAUUAGAAAUAAUGUAAGCUAUGAUAUAUAGAAUGUUUCUGCGUAACAAUAGAGAGAAUCUAUCUUAAAUAGAAAAUUCUGGUGGUGCUAUCUAUGUUCGCUGAGUUGAAUGGUUUAACUGUACAGCUUUCAGUCUCAAUAACAUCUUCAACGUUCAAAUAAACUUGAAUUAACCCCCAGUGAUUUUGUCCAGAAAGAUAAUGGAACCUUUACAAUUAAAUGAUCGACGCUCAUAGGACACGAUAUCACCAAAUUAUUUCGAAAUAAUUAUUUAUAGAUUGUCUAAUUUCUAAUAUUUUUACACAUUUUUAGCCAUAGACUGUCCAUUGAGUAUCAUAUGGUUAAAGAAGGUUCCAACAAUUGUAUGUACCACCCUACUUCUGAUAGGUCUUGCUAUUCUUUUAAUAUAUUUGUGCAGUCGUCUUAGCAAACGAUCAGCAUAUGAGACAAUUAGAUAAUUAUAUAUAUCUUAUAAUAUAUUUCAAUGAAAUGCUUUUACACAAAUCAUGAAUGGUUCUAGUUUGAGAUUUGUUUAUUUUCUGUAUCUCGUCCUUGAUAUUUUUGUAUGAUCAAGUGUAAUUAAUUAUCAUCUUUUCCUUACAUUUAUUAAACAGAUUAUUUCUUUAUUACUUUAUGAAAAUAGCAUAUAUAUUGUAAUAAUGUACCUAUACAUCGAUGAUAAAAAAUUUGGGAACUUAUCUAUUUUUUUGUUUUUUUUAUGAUAAUACCUAUUGUUCGUAAUGGAAAAUCUUACUUGUAAUGACAUUUGGAAAAAAAUUAUUACAAAUGAUGCCAAUAUUAUUAUUGGUGCUAAUUUUGUUUCCUUUCGUUAUUUUUCCCAUUAGAUAGUUUAUUGUAAGCUAUUACUCAAUUUCCUAAACAUUCUUUUUCCUUACUGUUACUUCUAUAACAUACAAAUAUAUGACCAUUUAUUUAUUUAUUAUUUAUUUAAACACAUGAACAUUGGUACAAGGAGGCACCAAAUAUAUAUAUGCCACACUUCGUCAUUCGAUUUGUGUGAGAGCUGGAACACUUCCCGGAAGCCCAGACUGAAGCAGGUGGUUUCCUUAGGGGUCACUCCACGAACCUUUGACCUAGAGGUCUAAUCCACAAAGUAGUGUAGCAACAUUAGGAGAUGCAGUCCCACGGUAGGCAGUGGCCAACGAUAGGUUCAUAUGCCACUUUUUCCCUCAGGAUCCUGGAGCCCAUUGAUUGGGAAUCAGGGUUUUCCAACUCGCCUUUGUCGAUCCUCUAUAUCCACCGACCCCGUUAAAGUGCCAGGUAUUCGCUUUUCGUCCUCUCAAUUUCGUAAACAAUACUUCCGUCGCGAAACGGCAGUGAUCAGGGCCUCCCUUACAUAGGCUGUAUACGCGUGGCCAUGUGAG